UAACGUUUUACAAAAAACGUAUGAUAACUCAAAUGUCAAUUUACAAUUUUUAUUAAGAUCUUUUUCAGUUUAAGGCUAAAUAUUCCGCAGACAUUUAAACCAACAUUAGGUGUUCAACGUGUUGACGCAGAGACCGCCGCUUGACCUUGUUGUACGUACUACGUCAGCGCGUAUUGAUUCGUUGAAUUCGUUCUGAGGCUUUACCCUAUGCGGACAGACUAUGUUCACCUUAAAAUCAUUAUCCUUGAAAACAUUGCCAAAGCUGGUGAUAACGCAUGGAUUAAAUGCGUGCUUUCAUACGGGAGCCCGAGUUUGCGGUGCUAAAGUUGCGGUCGUGCUCUCGGGGUGCGGGGUCUUUGAUGGGACAGAAAUCCACGAAGCCUCGGCGAUAUUGGUGCACCUGAGCAGAGGGGGGGCUGAGGUCCAGAUGUUUGCCCCUGAUGUGGCUCAGAUGCAUGUGAUUGACCAUCAAAAAGGCCAGCCUGCAGAAGAGUCCAGGAAUGUGCUCACGGAGUCGGCGCGCAUCGCCCGUGGCAACAUCGCCGACUUGGCUAAGCUGAGCGCCAGUAGCCAUGACGCCAUAAUUUUCCCAGGAGGCUUUGGGGCAGCCAAAAACCUGUCGACGUUUGCAGUGGACGGGUCCGACUUCAAGGUGAACGAGGACGUGGAGCGGGUUCUGAAGGACUUUCACAAGGCGGGGAAACCCAUCGGGCUGUGCUGCAUCUCUCCGGUGUUGGCUGCUAAACUUCUCCCGGGGGUGGAGGUGACGGUGGGCCAUGAGGAGGAGCAGGGGGGCCGGUGGCCCUACGCGGGCACGGCCCAGGCCAUCAAGGCCCUGGGGGCCAAGCACUGCGUCAAAGAUGUCACCGAAGCCCAUGUGGACCAUAAGAAUAAGGUGGUGACCUCUCCGGCAUACAUGUGUGAAACCAAGCUGCACCUGAUCUUUGAUGGUAUCGGAGCCAUGGUCACCAAUGUCCUGAAGCUCAGUGGAAAAUGAGUCCCGGCCGGUUCCCACCAAUAUCUUUCAUAGGGACGUUUAAGAUUCAAAAUAUCUCUCGGAGUUAAGUCCAAGGGUGCAAUAAGAGGGCAAUGCAAUAGAGGAUUCUAGAUUUUUUUGAUGAAUAUUUGUCGCUGAUAAUCCUUGCAGUCAUGCUUUAAGCUUCACCUGUUGAUUGAUACGCUCUGAAAUGAAAUUGGUUAGAAAAUGAUUUCCUUAGAACUGUCAAAACACAUACCGAGUAACGCACAAAGCACCGAACGUACCCAAGGUGAACAACAGAGGGCGCCAAAAUACUUUGAGUCAGCUAGUACUGACCUCUGUUUGGCCAAUAGACAGUAAAAACUAGGCCACUGUUAGUAGUUUGGAUCUGUACAGCAUUAUACACUAGCAAAACUUGCCUAAUAAUAGUGUAUUCCAUAUUUCAUUUGUCAAGUGUUUGUUUUGGUCUUUGCUUUCACCUUUUGAUUAUUCAUUAUUUCUGUAUUAAUUAUGCCCCAAUUCAUUCAGGGACAAGACUAUUUGCUGGUAACUUUGGUCUGGUGUGAAAUAUGAAUAAAAACACAGAUAAACAUG